CAAUUGACUGCAUUUGGCUGCUAUGGUAAUCUCACCUGUUGGGCGAGAUGAGUUCAUUUCGCAUGUUUAAAAUGCUUAGAAAUUUUGUUUGCAAAUGAGAUGGCAGCUUAUUGAACUUUAAUGAAAGAAGAUAUUGGGCCCGGCAUUUCCAUCAGAGCCAUCCUAGGGAGAAUUAAAGUGCUGAAUGUCAACCACUACAAACCCGCUUAUUUACCUUGCCAUUAAUUUUUGCUACAAGUCCAACGUGGAACUACAAACCUUCUACACACCUACAACUCGGAUGGGAUGGGAAAAAAACCAGAUUCUAGAACUGGUCUUUCGUUACAUAAAAGGCGUCUGCGUUCGCGACUUUUUGUUCAGUCAAGGCCAGCAUUGCGGUCCAAUACAUUCUGUCGUUGUCACCAUGAAGCAUCUGAUUGUUCUUUCUGUUGUCGUUGUGGGCUGUUUUGCCACCGCCCAAUUACAUGCCGAACGGACGAGAUACAGACCCAUCAAUCCUUUUCGUUCCGAUUCCUUACGGUCAUCCGCAAGUGUUCCACUAGCAGGAGCCAUGGCCAAAGUGGCAGUUCCUCCAACCGUUCUAGGCAGCCAUCAAAUACGUUUAAUGCUAGAUGCUCAUAUCGUAUGUCUAUCAGAAUUGAAAGAUACAAAGGAUCGAUUAGACGACAUCAAUCUUGUUAUUGAACAGUUUAAAAUGGAGGUGAGAGCAGAUAUUUCGAAUAUAAACAACCAAUUGGAACUGUUUUUUGCAAGUUAUGAUGUGGACGACGUAAAACUCAAGUUGCAAGCAAAUUCUGAACUUUUGGCCGACACCAUUUUGAACCUUGGUAGUUUGGAGGACAAGUUUACAGACAUGGAACUAAGUACGUCAGACGUGUUGAUGCGUUAUCAAAAGGAAAUAAACGGUACAAUCGAGGAACAUCAGGCCCAGCAAAGCGAAAUUGCUGAUAAUUUGUCAGAGAGAAUCGAAUCUUUGUCAACUGAAUUGGACGAUGUAAAACAACAAUUGAAUGAUACUGACAAGGGUGUGGAAGACCUUGCAAACGGCCUGACAGCCACCGAUUUUGCUAUUGCUGACCUCAUGUUGGAAUUAAACGUUACAAAAGAAGAUGCGUUGAAAUCCAAUAGCCGAAUUGACCAACUGGCAUCGUCAUUAUAUGCGAGUACGAAUGCCAGCUCCAUUGGGAAAAUUCCACGAUCCUGUGAGGAUUUGAAACAAAUUGGGCACGUCAAGAGUGGAUUACACUUGAUUAUGGGCAAUAAAGGCGUCGAUAGCGUUUAUUGUGACUUUACACUAGAUGACAAAGAGCAGUGGAUUGGACAUACUGACGUCAAAACGGCGCCGGUGUAUUUCUCGGUGCAAAGAACCAGUCGAUUUAACAAAACCAACGUUCCAAUUCCAUUUGAUCUCGCGAAAUCCACUAUUGGAAACGCCAUAGAUUUAUCAACGGGAGUUUUCACGGCACCGAGAACUGGCACCUAUUUUUUCAUUUUCAACGGAUUGGCUGAAUUUAAAAACACCUCUAACGUCAUCCCUUACCUGGCCGUUGGUCUUUUCCUGAACAAAUCGGGUAACAGAAUCGCCCUGGCCUUGACAGAGGAGGCUCAAACUGUGAAAGACCAGUAUAGAGGCCAACGUGUUCCAUUGGCUCUUCAAACAACAAUUCAGCUGCAAAAAGGAGAUCAAGUUUGGUUGGAAAUCUUCGCCGAAUCGGGAACGGUAUCUCUGUUUGACAACAAAAACAAUCACUCGGCUUUCACUGGAUGGCUCAUGGAGGAAGAGAUUUCUUUGUGAAUGUUGUCUUUGCCAACUUGUUGAUUCGACUAUUUAUUCUUUUAUUCUUGAGAAACACUGCCUUUUUGUUCGGUAAGUUCUUAAAUAAAUGGGCCUUUUUUCGUUUUUUGAUUCUCUGCAUUUAAGUUGAUCGGUAAUGUAACACACAGGGAUUAGGGCAGUUGGCUGCCGGGUUUUAUUAAUUUCUAAUCCACCUGAAUAGAUUCCCAUCGCCAUGCUAAUUCGGGUAAAAACCACCUCAUUUGCUUUUUACUUGUGGCGUAAAGAGACUAUUUUUUUUUACACUUUCUCGGUAUCUUGAAUCUUAAGUAACCGUUUUAU